AUGGACGACGAAACAGUGUGUGAGUUAUUUCUUGAAGCUGAUAAAAUUUUGAGUGGUAGUACUGGGAUACAAACAAAAAUUAACAACUCGCCAGAAUAUCGUGAAUAUUGCCCCAAUAAUAAACCAUGCUCAAAUAGGGCUGAAAGUAUUGGUGCCUUGAGCAUGUAUUUGUUUACAAAUUUUUACAAUCAAGAAAGCGGUUAUUAUGAACAUUUUAUGAUGUGGUUAGCUCAUAAUUUAUUUAAGAUAGCUAAAAACAGAAAAAAUGCCGACGUCAAUAAAAUUACUUUAAGUUCGGCUUAUGAAAAAUAUUUAGAGACAUCUAUGGGGAAUUUUAGACAAUGGGAUAUUUUAAAUGAUGUAAGAGGUGUGAAAGAUACUAAUCUUAGGUAUAUGAAUGAAUUGUAUACGUUACUUAAACAUAUAUGCAAUAUAAUUUCAUAUUAUAAUAAUAAUAAUGAAAAACAUAAGAAAAUUUAUACGUAUUCUGUCAAGUGUCUUAAUCAAUAUAGAAAAAUUUACAAGGCCUUUUCUAAACAUGAUUCACAGCUACAUCUAUUGGACAAAUUAAAAAAAAUAUAUGACGACUUUAGAACUUUGGCUAUUGAGAAUGAUACUGAUAAAAAAAAUAAGAUAGAAAAACGUCUUCUAGAACUUACAAAAAUGAAUGAAAAAGAUUCACAUUCUACGGACAAUUUAAACAUAUUUGACUUCGAUGAUCCAAAUGAUCAAUUGGAAGAUGAGGAUAUAUCCGAAAUUCCGGAGGAAAACAACACUCAAGAGGAGCAAAAAGAUCAUAAAACCGAAGAGAAGAAUAUUGUAGAACCCACCAAACUACAAAAUACAGUGGAUCAAAGAUCAAUCCAAAGAGAGGAACAAUCAGUUUCAGAAGGUGCAUCAAAAAUUUCAGGAAAUGAACCAGAAAAUAAUGGAAAAUUUCAAGGAAUUUCUAUAGAAACAACAAAAGAAAUUUUGUCACCGAAAACAAAAGAUCAAGCACUAUCUCAAGAACUACCUCAAUUAGAACCGAAAUUACAGCCACAACCACCACCAUCACCAGAAUCGCAACCACAACCACAACCACAACCACAACCACAACCACAACCACAACCACAUUCAGAAUCACCACCAUUACCACAACCACGGCCAGAAUCACCAACACAGACAGAAUCAUCAACACAUCCAGAACCACCAACACACCCAGAACCACAACCACAGACAGAAUCACAACCACAGACAGAAUCACCAACACAGUUAGAAUCACAACUACAGAUAGAAUCACAGCUGGGGCAAGAGCCAGGACCAGAACCCCAGCUAGGAUCACAUAUAAAAUCACAAACAAUAUCACAGCCAGUACCACAGACAGUAUCACAGUCAGAAUCACAGACACUAUCACAGCCAGGGGCACAAAAUAUAGAGAAUCUGACACAACCUGCAUAUAAACAAGAAAACUCAUUGACGAGCUAUGAAACUAUAAAAAAAAUCACACAAACGAAUGUUUUAUAUGAUUUCUAUAAACUGCAUGUUUCAUCUUUUUAUAAAAACCUUACUAAAUAUGGAAAUCGUUUAUAUGAAAGUGCAUCAACUAGCUUAACAAAGGGUUAUUCUGUAUUUAAUAAUGUUGCUAAUGAUUUAAUUACUCAAUCAAAUAAAGUAACUGUUACAUUACCAUCAGUUGAUAAUAGCAUUCAACUAGAAGAUUCGGAAGAUGAUUUACCUCCAUCUGAUAGCCCAUCAGAAAUGCCCUUAUCUUCAUCGACAGAAUCUAUUGACAAAAAAACUGAUGAAAACCAUGGAAAACAACAUGAAGGUGGAAGCCACGAAACAAAUCCUGGAGGUGUAAGCCAAGAAAAAGAACCUGAAAGUAGAAGCCAAGAAAUAAAUUCUGAAGGUGGAAUCCACGAAACAAAUCUUGAAGAUAAAGGCAAAAUAAGUGAAACUGAAAGUAAAGGACAAAUAAUUGCAACUGAACAAUUAACACCAAUUCUAGCUCCUAAAGAUUCCUCAAAGGAUUCUAUCAAUAUAACAUAUUAUCAAGAAAUUGGGCAAAUUCCUUCGGAAAUCAACGUACAAAGAGACAUAUCUGAAAUCAAGGUACAAAAUGGCAUAUUUGAAAAAGGAUUUCCAGUAAAUUUAUUUAAAGAAAGCAAAUUAAUUUUAUAUUCAUUUAUAGUUAUUGCAAUACUCGUUAUGUUAGCAGUUAUGUAUAAGUGUUUAGGAUUUGGGCGGAGAAAAAAGGAGAAAAAAAAAAAAAAAAUGAAAAAGAUCAGAAAAAUGUGUGAUGAAAAUAAUACCGAAAAGUUGAAAUGCAUUCAUCGAAAAUAA